AUGCUUACUACGAGUUCGGUGAUUGCAUUGCCCUUCAAUGGUAAAUCGGAGUUCUCUCGUUAUCUUCAGCCACAAGCCCGGUUUCUCGUGGGUUUGUACGGGACAGCGGACGCUGUUGAUUCCGAAAGGCCGGAGCCCUCUGACAAUCUCGAUGAUUAUGCAGUCAGUGAAGAUGACAACAGUGAUUCCGAAGGUCGUCAGGGCAAUGCUUUCGACGAAAUAGAGAAGGCCAGGUUCCUCGUGGGAUGUCAGUCAGUUCGACCCAACGGCAGUCGGGUUCACCUGGUCACACUGGAGGAGCAUAAUUCAUCCCAAGGUGCUAUGCUGACUAGCCAGUCGUUCAUCCAUGCCGAUGGCGAAGUGCUUGGUCUCGCUGCCUUCCCUGCAGCACCUCAUAUUUUUGCCUCAAUCUACUCUGCAAGUAAGCAACAUGUUACUCGUUACUUGUGA